AACUUAAAUAUGUGUUUUUGCGUUUUCCAGAUCAAUUGUAAAAAAACUGAUUCAUAAUUUGAAAUUAUAUCAUCAACUAGUUGUAGAGUUAAUUUAAAAGGUUCUAAGAGUAACAAAGUGAAGAAAUGCUUUCAGCGUUUCGUAAGAAGAAGAUCAAAUCACUUCCAAUUCGUGUCUGUAGCUUGGAUUCUAAUUUAGAAUUUAAUUUAGAUUAUAAUGCAACAGGAUUGGAAUUGUAUGAUCAAUGUUGCCGAGCAUUAGGUCUUAGGGAAGAAUGGUAUUUUGGUUUACAAUAUGAAGACACUAAAGGAAACAUCUGUUGGUUGAAGAAAGAAAAACGAGUUGUUGAUCAAAACAUAAACAAAGAAAAUUGUGUCUUCAUGUUUAUCGCUAAAUUCUUUCCGGAAAAUGUUCAAGAUGAUCUCAUACAAGAGAUCACUCAACAUUUAUUCUUUCUUCAAAUUAAACAAGCAAUUUUAACAAUGGAAUAUUAUUGUCCACCAGAAGCAUCUGUUUUGCUUGCAAGUUAUUACGUACAAGCAAAAUAUGGCGAUUAUGAUGAUUCAUUGUGGAAUAAAACUGGUAUGUUGUCAUCUGAAGAUCUCCUUCCCCAAAGAGUCAUCGAUCAAUACUCAAUGACACCGCAAAUGUGGUUUGAAAGAAUCAAAACCUGGUACGCUGAUCAUAAAGGCAUGAGUAGAGAUGAAGCCGAAAUGGAAUAUUUAAAGAUCGCACAAGAUCUUGACAUGUUUGGCGUUAAUUAUUUUCCGAUAGCGAAUAAGAAACAUUCCGAUCUUUGGUUAGGCAUUACAUCACUUGGAUUAAAUAUCUACGAGAGGGAAAAUAAGUUGACACCAAAGACAGUUUUUCAAUGGAGCGAAAUAAAGAAUGUUUCGUUUGAUGAUAAAAAGUUCACAAUUAAACCCAUCGACAAAGGAAGUCCAAACUUUGUGUUUUUCUCUACAAGACUUCGAAUGAAUGAACUCAUAUUGGAUCUUUGCAUCGGCAAUCAUGAACUUUUCAUGCGUCGUCGUAAGCCUGACACUAUGGAAAUUCAACAAAUGAAAGCACAAGCAAAGGAGGAAAAACAACGACGACAAAUUGAAAGAAAUAAACUUGCAAGGGAGAAACAGAUGAGGGAACAAGCUGAAAGAGAUAAAGCAGUGCUUGAAGCACGUUUGCAUCAACUCCAGGAAGAGAUGAGAAAUGCAAAUGCUGCAUUGAAACGAUCAGAAGAAGCGGCGGAACUUCUUGAACAGAAAAAUCAUUUGGCAGAAGAAGAAGCGAUGUUGUUGAGUCGUAAAGCCAUGGAAGUUGAACAAGAAAUUCUAAAAUUGAAAAACUACGCUCUUAAAACCGAAGAAGAAAAACUUCAGUUUGAAAGAAAGUCAAGAGAAGCUGAAACAUUGACAGCUCGAUUAGUCGAAGAAUCACAAAAACGCGCUUCAGAAGCCGAUCGAUUGAAAACUGAACUUAUAAAUGCGCGGCUUGCAGAACGAGAAGCAAAAACCAAACUUUUCUCGUUUUUGAGCGCAACCAUUGCUUCUCCUGAACCCACGCCGGUUACCGUAGCUCAUAUUGUAUCAUCACCUGAAAGAGUUUUAACAGCUUCAACAAACUCUCUCAAUGAAUCAAACGGAGCACAAAACACUGAAGAAUGUUAUUCGUAUGACUUCGUUGAAAACAAUGACAUUAAUGAGAUUUCUCUUGAAAUCGAAAGAGAACGAACCGAAUAUUUAGCGAAAUUUAAACAAGUUCAAUCACAGUUGAAAGAUUUACGAUCUGAGAUUGAAAUGUUGAAAAUAAGUGAAUCAGAAUUCGAUCGAAUCAACAAUGAACAACUUAAACUCGGCGAAAACAAAUACUCAACAUUGAAAAAGGCUUUAAAACAGAAAUUCUUUUUCCUCUAACACAAUAAAAGUCUAUUUAUCUUCUUAAAUCUUAAACGAUUGCUUCGUGACACUUUUUUUUGAUUCUCCAAGUAAAACGUUUUAUGUGUUGAAUUCAUGACAAAUUAUGGUGAAACGAAAUGAAAAGAAAUUUGUAUAAAAAUUAUUUUCAAGUGUUAAACAUUUGUCGUAAGUCGUGACCACUAAAUAUUUUUAAGAAUUAUCCAAUGUGCCUUAAAACGAUCAAGUGAAAUGUUUUAACAAAAUAUCUUCUCACAUUUUAAUGUAAAUUGUCCUAAAAUAAUAUAUUGUACUAUAUUUUGUUGAGUAAAAUAACAAUAAAAAUGACAAAUGAUUUAUUUUUAAAAUGAAAUA